AAAAAAUGUUCUAUGCCCAUUUUGUGUUGGCCAAGAAGGGGCCGCUGGCACGAAUUUGGUUGGCAGCCCACUGGGAUAAAAAGCUUACAAAAGCUCAUGUUUUUGAGACAAACAUAGAGAGUAGUGUUGAAGGUAUUCUUCAGCCUAAAGUCAAAAUGGCUCUUCGGACAUCAGGCCACUUAUUGUUGGGAAUUGUGCGGAUUUAUUCCCGUAAAGCCAAGUACCUUUUGGCUGAUUGUAAUGAAGCAUUCAUAAAGAUAAAAAUGGCAUUCAGGCCAGGUGUUGUCGAUUUACCUGAAGGAAACAGAGAAGCUGCUGUUGCAACUAUCACAUUACCUGAAGUGUUUCACGAUUUUGAUAGUGCAAUACCUGACAUUACUAUAGACAUGGAUGCUCAAGUGACUUUAAAUCAAAGCAGAGCUGAAGACAUCACUUUGAAGGAAGACUAUGGUACACUGAGUCUGAUGGCUGAUGAUGGUUUUGAAGAAAUGGGAUUUGAUGAACCCGAGGCUGCUCGUGAUGCAACAAAUAUGGAUGAAAGUUUUGAGCAUGCAAGUCUUCUUCUGUGUGAAGAUCAGUCAAAGGAAAGGCCAGAAGAAACUGUUCAGAGCACUAGUAAUACAAAUAUAGUCAAUAAAGCAAAUGUAUCUUUAGGUGCACCACUUAAAGAUGAUGGCUUUGGAGGUGCUGUUGGAGAAGGACUUUUAGAUGGGGAGACUGGUGGUCUAUUCGAACCAGCUGGGUUAUUUGAUGAUGCACCUCUCGGACAUGUUGCUUUAGAAAAUAGUGCGGCAGACCAUGUUGAUGGCCAUGGUAUUGAAAAGACAGGAGAGCAUCAUCGGGAUGAUGAUAGUGAUGAUGAUAUGUAUGACAUGGGACCUGGUUCUAUGGGUGCACCAUCUCCGCCAUCAUCUCCAGAUUCUCCUGGUUUACGUUUGAAUACAGGUGGUAUUUCUGAAUCGGAUCGUCUUGGACACGGUACUGCUGCUAAUGGAUUAAACAUUAGGGGUCUUCCUUCUGGAUCUGAUCCAGAUCUGGGAAUUAACGACAUGCCUCCACCUCCAGUACCCUCUCUCUCAUCUUUGGAUCAUACGACUUUAAUAAAUAAUGAAGAAGAAAGCUUUGCUCUUGCACCUUUAGAUGCAACUAUUGUUCAAGGAUCAGAAAGAACUGUUAAAGCAAAACGAAAAAGGAAAUUGAUUGUUGAUGAAGUGAAAAAUAUAUCUGGGGAAGAAAUGAAAUCCCAGCUAUCUGAUACUACUGAUAUAGUAACUACGCUUGAUUUAGCCCCGCCAACAAAACGUCUAAUGCAUUGGAAGGAAACUGGUGGAGUUGAAAAAUUGUUUGCUCUUCCCGGUCAUCCGAUUUUGUCAAAAACUCUUUCAAGAGCCUACCAGAGACAUCUAACUACUCGUUCAGUUGAUAAUGAAGAUUUUGGAGUUGAAGAAGAUCGUAUUGAUUUAGAUGCAGACAUUCUGGAACAAGGAAGAGAUGAAAGUGAUGUCAUUGCUCGUAAACGGAGACGGGAGAUGGAACCAGUAUUGUCACAAGAUCUGUCUCAUCUCGAUUCGUUGCAUUUGGAUAGUUCAAGGCCAUCAUAUCAAAAUGAUCAUGGAUUAUCUCAUCCUUCCCUUGAAGUUUCAAAUUUCUUGCAGCCACAGCAUCAUAUGUUUCCUCCCAUAUCUGCCCAGCAAAUGUCAGAUCAGUCACAACAACAACUGAUGUCUAAUGUUAUGUCUUCUGUCAUGCCACAUCCUCCACCUGCCCACAUGAUACAGCAAAUGUUGCAGUCAGAUGUAAACCAGUUGUCACAUUUACCGCAGAUGAUGCACUCAUCGAUGGUUGAUCAAGGGCCACCACUUCAUUCUAUAACUCCAAGUAUACACAAUGUUCCUUCUCCUGUUGUCUCAGAAGCAUAUAAUCAAGGUGUCCAUCAUUCAGUUAUUGAACCAGUCUCGCAGCAUCUGUUGCCAGAUAGUAUACCUUCUUUGCAAGAACAUAUGCAGCCAUCCAUCGAUAAACAGCUGCCCAGCCAUUCAUCAUUGGAUGAUCAAAUAAAUCAACAGGCUCUUCAAGAUCAGUUGUCACAGACUCCAGUUGAUCACCUUCCAUGUGUGGAAAAUGAUUUGCAUCCUUGUCCUGAUGGGCAGCAGUUAAUGCAGCCUCAUAUUGACAGUCAAAUGUUGCAAACUUCAGUAGAUGAUGAUGUUACACAACCAUGUUUAGGUGAACAUUAUACAGAACCACAUGUUGAGGGAGAUGCAAAUUCAUUAACUUCCACAAUGCCUGCUGUCCUGCCUCACAAUGAUCAUUCAAAUACAGCUUGUGUUAAUGAGCAGAUAAACCAACCUUCUGUGCCGAACUGUUUACCAAAUGAAGAGGUCAACCAGCAGUCUGAACAACAAUCUGAAUCAAAUCUUUUGUUUGAUUCCUUAAAUAAUGGGGAGAUCGAGCCUCACAUUGAUGAAAACCAAAUUAAUGAGAAUGUGUUACAACAGAAAAAUCACGAGUUCCCCCUAUCUGAUGAUGAGGAUGAUUACGGUGCACCAUCAAGUGUUGGUCCAGCUCUUCCUGAAGAGCAGAUGGCAGAUGAAACAUACGAACAGUUUGAAGAAAGGAUAUUGACAAAAAGGACUACGCACAUGUUGCACAUCAUACAUACAAGGUUAGAUAAUGAUCGAAGUGUAAGCUUUGCUGAUCUCAUACGGAAUAAUAAAAGAAAACAAGUGGCUCAAAAGUUCUACACUUUUUUGGUUUUGAAGAAACAGCAGGCUGUAGAGCUAGAGCAAGAAUCAUCUUAUGGGGACUUGAUUAUUACCAGGGGUCCUAAAUUCAGUGCUGUAUAUAAUGGUAACUGAUAAACUGAAUACUGUGGGGAGAGAGCCGGGAAGGGAAUUCCCAUGAUGAGGUUUAAAAAAAGCAUGAAAUAAGUGAAAAAAGGGAAUGCAAUGAUGCUAGCUACUCAAAAUUUUAGGGACCAAAUGUGAUACAAAAUGCUAUGUUAAAUUUCAUGUAUUUGGAGCAUUUUUCACUCUUUUAUGAAAGGUGCCAUGUAAUUUUAAUAUUGAAAUUGUUGUCAUCUGAAAAAUUCAUUGAAAGGAUAGUUUUUCAUUUCCAUUUGUGUUAAAUUUAGUGAGUUUAGUACAGUUUUUUUUUUUUUUUUUUUUUUUUUUGUGAAAUUCUAAAUUAUUGAAUUUCUUAAGAAUUUUCAACUUAUAUGAAAGUGCAUAGCUAUUUUGUAUCAGAAUAUGGUAAGCUGGUUUCAUUGCCUAAGAUAUAACAUCUUGUACAGAUGGCUUUUUUUGUCACUGCAAUUUUUGUGUAUAGAAGUUUAAUAAAUUAAAUAUAUUUUUAUAAUGAAGAUGUAUAUAUGAAGCUGUUUAAAAUUUUGACAGAUUUUGACUGCUGGAAUUUAUAUUAAGCAAGCAAGCUUGGCUAUUUAUACUUGAAAUGGCUUUCAGUGAGAGGUUUUUUAGCUUUGGUUUGAAAUGUUAUGACUGAUCUGCCUGCUUUAUUUUGAAGGUCUUGUUAAUUUGCAUGUAAAAAGGCCAUGUAAAAAUUUUUAAAUCUUGUUUUCCAUCCAUACAUGUGAUGUAAUUGUACAGGUGAAUUUUUAAUUUAUUGUAUAGAUUAGAGUACUACUGUAUUAAAACAAGUUAAUAAUAUUGCAGAUUAUAAUUGUGUAACUAGUUUCAGGUAAUGACCAUUUAAAAUACCAUUUUAUUUGUAUAGUAUAUGAUUUAUUUUGGAAAGUAUUUCCAUCAUGUGUAAAACAUACCUUUCAACUUUGGUUCUUUUUGUCAUUUUUAUUUAUAAAUUGCAGCACAUUAUGAAUGGUUGCAGUGAAAUAAAAUAAAAAGUGCUGCAAAUUUUAAAUUAUUUUCAGAAUUUUUGAAUAAAUUUUAUUAAUGAAAAUCAA